CAGAAUGCAUGUUAACAAAUGGCUACGGCCAUGAAGCCUGUUAACUUUUGGGAUAGUUUGUCCGUUACUGUGGAAAUACUAAGCGUUAUUUUAUUUGUUAAUAUUGUUUAUGAUGGCAUUCACGUAGUGGCACAUGAACUGCAAGGCGGGUUUCUUCUCUGUCGCCACUGUGGAUAUGAUGUCGCCAGCUCAUCUCACAUUCUGUCGGUCCCAAGCAAGCUCGCCCACCGACAGCGAAAUGAUACGAUUGCUCAAAAUAAAGGUGUUCUUAUUCAACUUUUCAAAAAUCCUCAAGAAACAUAUUUUGAAGUGAUAGCUUCAUCACAAGCAGAGGUUAAAAUAGUAGGCAACGCCUAUUCAGAAGACAGCUGGUUUCCAGGCUACCGGUGGACAAUCUGUGUUUGUCCUCGGUGCAACAAUCACUUAGGCUGGGUGUUUGAUACAGCAGAACCAGAAAGGAAGCCGGCAUCAUUUGUGGGUUUAAUUCUUAAUAACCUGCUUCAUGAAACAGAAGCAGAAUCUAUUAUAGCAGCACCGAAAGCCUAUGCCAGUUGACAAGCUGUGGACAUAGUGUGUAAUGGUGUUUUUAAUGACAACGCAGGGGAUGCAGAAUGUACUCGCCCGCUUGCCAAAUGCAAGUGAAAAUUCUGAUGGACGAGUUAAAAAAUGAAACUACCAGUCCAACAGGCGAUCUGUCUGUUUUUCUGACUGACUGGUGGUGUUUUGGUGUGUAUGUAUGUGUGUGUGUGUGUGCAUGCAUGCGUGUGUGUGUGUGCGUGCAUGCAUGCGUGUGUGUGUGUGUGUUCGUGCAUGCACACAUUGAAUCCACGACUCUGGGCAUGAGUUGACCUGUACCCCCAUUUCAAUGGUUAGGGUUAGGCUUAGGGUCAAUCUUUAGAGCCUUUGAUAUAGAGGGAUACGGGUUGGACUCUUUCCAAUAAAAAUGUAUUUAUUUGUCCAUCAAGGUUUGGGUCUUGAUUUCAUUUGCCACUUGAUGUUGAUCACUUACCAAGUGUCUUUAUUCAUGUUUUUGUCAAUAUAUCAUAAUAUUGUUAAAACAAUAAUAUAUUGUUCUACAGGCUGGCAGACUACUAAAAAAUUCUGGCGGGCUAGUAAAUUUUAGUUGGUUCUGGUCUGGCGGGCUAGUGAAGUAUUUUCCACUUCUGCACCCCUGCAACGAGUUACAUAAUGCUGCGCUAGACUGUCUCGAUAUUAUUUUAUAAUGAUGUACUCACGGUAAAAGACAUUGCAUUGUCAUGUCACUUUAUUACCACUGUCCAUUGAAGUGGGUUGGAUUUAGUGCAGUCUGUAGAACGCUUACCAUAGCUGCUUGGGUUGUAAGUUCGAGUCUUUUCAGUGAACCAAUUGUUGUUAACCAUCCCAACCAGUGCCACACACCUGGUAUAUAUCAAAAGCUGUGGUAUGUGCUGUUCUGUCUGUAGAAUGGUGCUUAUAAAAGAUCUCUUGCCAAUAAUGGAAAAAUGGAAGAAGAAAGGAAAU